AUGUCUACCAACAACACCGACAACAACAUCAACGACGCCUCCAAAAACCUCCGCCCCCUCUCCCGGUACAUAACAACCCACAACGAAACCGGCCAGGCCAUCUUCUCAACAUCCCUCUCCGAAACGAUGCCCGUGCAGCAAAUCCCAGACAGCGCACACUUCUCCCUCGCAUACACCUCCUCGCACUUCCCCGCCCGCCUUGCAAACGACAGCGACAUCCCCGAAUACGCGCGCUACCUGGAGCCCGGAAACUCGCCGGGCCUGGUCAUCUCCAGCGGCUCGGUGUGCCGCAUUGUCGAUGUGCGGCCGGGGACUAUAAGUCCCAUGCACCGCACUGUGAGCUUGGAUUAUGGCGUUGUGUUGGAGGGAGAGGUGGAGCUGGUGCUGGAUUCGGGGGAGACGAGGUUGUUGAAGAGGGGGGAUGUGGCGGUUCAGAGGGGCACGAACCAUGCGUGGAGGAAUGUGACGCCGGGGAAUAGUUGGGCGAGGAUGUUGUAUGUGCUGACCCCGGCGGAGGGCAUUGAGGUUGGGGGAGUGAAGCUGGGGGAGGACUUGGGGGAUAUGGGGAUUAGGGCUAGUUCUUGA